GCCAAUUGUGGCAGUCACGACUGUUCUGAGUCCUGCGUCCUGCAUCCCUUCCUGACUGAUGAACAGAUGCACUCUGACUGCACUGCUUCCACUUUCUCAAUUCUCAAUUCUCCCAGUCAUCCAGUCACAUAGUCACCCAGUAACCCAGACUUCAGACCUAACUUGCCUACGCCUCCUUGCGCUUGUGUCUGUCUUGUCGGUCUGAAUUUCGCGCCUCGUCCCUCUUGACCUGUCGUGUCUAUUCUUCUGUCAGAUCUGUCAACCACCAGUGCCCAACCGUUGGCUUUGACGUCCACUCUUUGAUCCAAUUGUCUUCUCAACUUGCUCCAAGACGAUACUGACUCAAACAAGCCACCCCCCACAUGAUCAACCUCACAUGCCUCGGAGAAUACCAGACGCCCCUACCGCAACAUCACAUCGACAUUGUGGUCAACUGGCUGUCCAGUCUGAACAACUCGAGAACCUCUCAAGUCUGAAAUGAACCCACCGAACCCUAGUUUGUGAGCUCAAAAACCAACCAUUGGGCCCGCCUGCCUUUUCACCACUACUCCAGACCUGGUCGUUGCCCUGCGUCUCGCCUCUCGUCAUCUUGUUUCGCUCAUCAUAACAUUCAACGACACAAUCGACCCCAGAAAAUCACUUCGCGAACCUCGUGUAUGCGGCUUUGCUACUUUGCCUGGCGCGACAUUCGACUAUCGUUGAAGCUUGCAUGAGACAGCACAUGCAGGAUCCCACGACAAACAUUGCACCCGUCGUCUGACUGAUACAGUAGCCACAAGAAACAUGUCUCUACCCGUUCUUUCACGUCCGCUUGCCGAUCCGCCCACCUCUGCUUUGCCUCCCAUCCCCUCUACCAAGCCUCCCCGCAAGAGCCUGCCACAGACUCCUUCUCGGUUGAAGCUACCCUCUCGACCAUCUCUCCUACCAACAUCUCAGCCUUUCUCUGCGACCCAGGAUGUCUCGUCAGCGACCGAGAAGCCAUCCGCGAUCCCUUCCAGACCAGUCCGCAAGACCGUCAGCAUUGGCUCAUUCCCACAACCUCCUACACCCACAAGACCCUCCACUGCCGCCUCCACAAUCUCGAACACGUCGAUCAAAAAGCGGGCUUCAAGCGGUGACUCGGCCACCGUCGGUUCGAAAUCCAAAAAAUCUCCCAGAGCCAGCAACACGCCCUCAACCAGUUUUCGGGGCCCCCAAACCCCGAGCCUGCUCAACUCAUCAGGCGAAGGCAUGUCCAUCUCUGUCCGGUCCGGAAAUCGUUUCUCUGAUGCCCAGUCGAGUGUGCAUUCACCGGCCCACAGCAGAAGCUCCUCAGCAAAUGGGUCGUAUUCCACCAGUGCUACUACCAUCGAAGAGGCCGACGAGGAGGCUCGUGGCCGGGCCAACAACCUCGAGGACAUGCAUGGCGAGUCUAAACGCAACUCAAAGGGCAAGGAAGCCAAGGGCAAUGUGAUUGUCAGUGUCAGAGUCCGUCCAGAUGCCAACACGCAGAAUUCCGCCCAGAGUGAAGGCGAAUGGAUGGUCGAUGGCAGGAGGGCUCUGGUCGCUUAUCGGGGCAAGGAAGGUGGUGAUUAUCAUUACGACAAUGUGUUUUCGCAACAUGAUGACAAUGCCCGAGUAUAUGAUUCUGCGGCCAAACGACUGGUUCGACGUGUCAUGGAGGGCUACCACGGCACUGUCUUUGCAUACGGUAUGACGGGUACAGGCAAAACAUUUUCCAUGCAAGGCACCAUGACGAGCCCUGGUGUCAUCCCUCUGGCCAUCACCGACAUCUUCUCCUACAUUCGUGAAACGCCACACCGAGAAUUCCUCUUGCGAGUGAGCUACCUGGAAAUCUACAAUGAAAAGAUCCAUGAUCUUCUCGCUGCCUCGGUAGGAGCGGGUGUGGGAGCUGGACAGCAAGAAGAGAUCAAGUUACGAGAGGACAGCAAGCGGGGCGUCUAUGCCAGUCCUCUCAAAGAAGAAAUCGUCCAAAGCCCCACCCAACUGCUGCGAGUGAUCCAUCGAGGAGACAUGGCACGUCGCACGGGCAGUACUCAAUUCAACUCUCGAAGUUCGCGGAGUCAUGCGGUGGUUCAGAUUGUGGUGGAGAGCCGUGAGCGAGUUCCAGGAACUGGCGGGACAACCGCAGAAAGCAAGCGAGUCGCUAUGCUUCCCGGUGGCGUGCGUGUCUCAACGCUCAGCCUGAUCGAUCUUGCUGGCUCGGAACGAGCGGCCGAAGACAAAGAACGACGAACCGAGGGAGCUCACAUCAACAAGUCUCUUCUGACGCUGGGGACCGUGAUUGCCAAGCUGUCUGGUGUUCGAGACAAGAAUGGCACCCCGACGGACAAGGAUGGCAAGCAUCUGCCCUACAGGGACAGCAAGCUGACGCGUCUAUUACAGCCAGCUUUGUCUGGAGGCUCACUGGUGUCCAUCUUGUGCACGAUCCAGAUUGGUGCGGGUCUGACGUUGGCCGGAAGCAACCACACGGGCGAAACACUCAACACAUUGAAGUUUGCUGCUCGCGCAAAGAACAAUAUUGUCAGCCAUGCCAAGAAGGCGGCAGAAGAAAUUGGCAGCGGCGUCAAUGCCGGGCUUCUUGAGCGAUAUCGACACGAGAUCACGACUCUUCGUGCACAGCUCGAGGGCCAGCAAAAGACGGCGGUGGAAAAGGAAGAACGGCAGUUGGAACGAGAGGCGGAACAACGACACGAAGAACAAAUGUUGGAGAUGCAGUUGGCUCGCACAGCGCUCAAGGAACGGAUCGAGCAUCUCAACCGACUGAUCUUGUGUUCCAAAUCGACCGGGGUCAACAGCGGUACGGUGUCGGCUCUCGGGAUGCACUCUCGAAUGUCAGGGGGGACGGAGUUUGCUGGAUCACGAUCCGUGCGAUCUUCGGCGAGCCAGUCUACUUUGGGAGCAGGUUCCGGCCUCAAAAGGCAUCCAUCGGUCGUCUCUCUCGGGGCAGGUCCUUCUCAUUCGGGUCAUGUCUCCUUCUCGGGCGUCCCUGACGAGGAUGAGGAGGCUGGAGGCGAAUACGGCGAUGGACGAGCACCUUUGCAGGCCCAAGUCCGGGCAUUGCAGGCGGAUCUCCAAGACAAGACGCGGUACAUUUCGACGCUGGAGAAACGACUCUUGCAGGCGCGGCGGUCCAGCCACUCGCGGGUGUCGAUGGCAUUCAACAAGGGCGGCGGAGAGGAAAACGAGAUGAUUCGCAAGCUCGAAGAAAAGGAUGCCAUGAUUUCAGAUCUGCAAAAGACGGUGGCAGCGCUACGGUCGGCGGUGAGAAAACGCGAGGUUGCAGAGCUGACGCCGGAGCUAUCGUCGUCGGAGUUCAAGAGCAGCCGAUCGACCUUGGGCCAUGAGAGCCAAAGCAGCAGCGGUAGUGCACCCAUGGUGGCCGACGCUAGUCCGAUGCAGGCUGGGACACCUCGAUCGCCACUUGGGGCCAGCCCAAUGACAUUGCUGUCACCGCAGAAGAACAUGCCUAAGAAGAAGAAGACGGUGGAUGAAAUGUCGAGGAUGCUCGACGAGAUGAUCCAGGACAAGGUAGAAAGUGGGCAGCUGGUGAAGCCUCGAUCUUCGUCUGGGAGGGCAUCUGCGACGCCGUUGAUGAGUCGUCGUGAUUCGCGUCGGACGUCGAGUGCGGGAGGUGGAGCUGUGGGACACGGACCUCCAACGAUGGGGACGAUGGUGGCUUCUCUUCGAGAGCGAGACUCGAUGGUUGGGGCGUAAAGACUGAUGAUGGGUAUCGAACGGCGGGGGCCGUGUUUGUAUAAUUGCACACAAACGACGCUUACGACAGUAUUUGGAUUUCAGUUUCAUUCUAAGUGGUUUGGCGAGCGGGUGUUGAUUCAGAGAGUUGGAUGUGGAGAGCAGUCAGUAGCAGGCACGGCGAAUGAGGCCGUGCUUCAGGAGCGAAUGAGGAACGUUGACUGUUGGAUUUGAUUGAUACUGGGAUUCUGGGACAUUAUUUUAUGGCGCCAGCAGAGUGUGCCUGGGCGACAGUACUUGAGCGUCACGGUCAUCUGCGGAGAGCAUCAGGCAUUCAAUACGGCGGAAAGUUACCUAGAUACCCUAUGAGACUAUUCAGAGAAAGAACACGAGAUUACCAUAUACUCGGACCAGGGCCACUAGGCCGCAAGAAAAGGCUCAGAUAGUGAAUGACUGGCAACAGACCUGGACACGGGUGGGUGGAAGUUGUUUGGUGUUUGGUUGGAGACAUGAGAGACGAGAUGACGGAGACGUAGUAAAUUCUUGCAAUAUUACAUU